AUGGGAAAACUUUCCGAGGUACUGACGAAUAAAAUUGAAGAACUUGAUAGUACCAGCAAAGGUCCAAUUCAUGUUCUCGACGGUUCAAACGAAAUAGGCCAUGUGAUGUAUGACGGUUAUGACGGUAAUGAUGACCCCGAUCCCGACGAAGAUGGCUACUACAACUACGAACCAGUGCAGUCCUAUCCACCAAGCACCUGGAGCGAUUACAACGAGAUCGAAGACAACUAUAUACGUUAG